GGUUAAUAAUAUUGACACUGCAUUCCAUUGGAGCAUAUUUCUAUUACACCAAAUUAUAUCAAUUUUUGAAUGACAUAGUAAUGUAAAUAAGCAUUCUAGGGAGUUGUAAUAGAAAUAGCAGAAAAUUUAAAUCAUGCUAUAUAAUUUGAAGGAAGGCAUUAUCAACCAGAACCUUAAGGAGAUCACCCUUUUGAAUUUGUAGUGACUUCAAAUCAAGACUCAUAUAUCUAUUUAAAUUAAGAGGAAACAGAAAGAAGAUAACUCAUUCUUACAGAACAAAUAAAAUCUGAAGUUGCAUUAAGAAAUAGAACCAUCCGUUAUUUUUAAAUCUUUAAUGCUUUGACUAAUUAAAUACUUAUCAUUUGGGCAAUUUAUAUAUAAACCAAAAUGGAACCUAUAGAUAAUUGUUAUAGAAAUUUAAUCACUUUUUAGAUGAUAUUUUUAAUAAUAUCAUUGUAUUAAUAUUGGGAAAUGUACAUAUUAUGCUUAAUAGUAUUGAUAUCAUUACCAUUUAUUUUAUUAAUGAUAUUAUGGAAAAAAUUAAAGUAAUAAAAACAAAACUACAUAAAUUAAUAAAUUUUGAAUGAACUUAUAUAGAAUGCAAAAGUGAUUUAUUAAUGUGAAAAUGUAUAAGGUGAUUAGGAAUGUGGAAUUUGCUUAUAAGUAUAUAGUAGAAAUGAAGAAUUAUUAAUCCUCCCUUGUAAUUAAUAACAUCAUUUUCAUAUGCAUUGUAUAAAGGCUUGGUUAAUAAUCAACUUUAGUUGUCCAAAAUGCAGAUCAAAAAUUAGUGAUUAUAGAAACACUUAAUUAACAAGUAUUCUAUGA